UUUCUAAAAUAAUAACAGUGAAAUCUAAUAAACAGGUUUUUGACGCUUGUGUGUGUGUAUUGUAUUGUUAAGGAAAAUCGGAAUUCCUGCCGAGUUUAUAUACUCGAAAAGCUGAGUUCGCUAUUCAUUCACGCUUCGCACAUCGGGUUGCGCGGUCAACUAAUAGCAAGGCCUAGUUGCCUUGUAGUUGCACCAAAAAUCAUCCUAUAGCCUUUCGGUACAGGAUACUAUGUUCUCUUAUUUCAAUAAAAUCUAAGAAGCAAAGAAAAUGGCGAAUUUGUUCAAGAUUGUGUGUGUAUUCAGUGCAUCGAUAGCUGGAGUGUUCAGUGUGCCUUUUGGGCUGUGGAAAAACGGUCAAGAGUGCGGUGUAGAGGCCAGUACUAAUCUGGUUCACCACAACCCUUGGCUCGUCUACCUGGAGUACUGGCGUGGUGAUAGCAGGUCCGAGAUCAGAUGUGCGGCGACCCUUAUUGACAGCCAGCACAUCAUCACCGCUGCCCAUUGUAUCAAGAAACCUAGAUUCAGUCGUUUAGUCGCUCGUCUUGGCGAAUACGAUUUAAAUUCUAAGGUGGAUUGUGUACGUGGCGUGUGCGCUGAUCCAGUUCUCAGGAUCGAGAUCGAAGAGAUUACUGUACACCCCGGCUACGACGGCAAGGAACACGAUAUAGCCAUCCUGCGGCUCAAGGAAGAAGCUCCCUAUACUGAUUUCAUCCGCCCCGUAUGUCUGCCUAGUGGAGAUCUCGCAAAGAAUACCCAGUUCUUCGCGGCUGGUUGGGGUGAGAUCCCUAAUAAAGGAUACUACAGUCACGUGAAGAAAAUCAUCCCAUUGCCGUAUUGGACUAGAGAGGAGUGCCAGGCCACUUACAAAUAUAAUGUGAUACCCGAACAUGUAAUUUGUGCAGGUGGCCAAGAGGGAAUUGACACUUGCAGGGGAGAUUCAGGAGGCCCUUUGACUCGAGUGAAGGAAACCAUUGAAUUAAUUGGGGUUACUAGUGGUGGGAAUGUACACUGUGGGACUAAAGACUCCCCGGGCAUCUAUACCAGUGUAGCUGACUAUAUGGAUUGGAUUCAAGAAGUAAUUACGUCAUAGGAAACUCGAUUGAUUGAAACUUUUGUGGAAUGUUUAAAAUAGAUUUCAUGCAAUGGACUGCAUUGUUCUAGAAGAUAAGCUCUCUGAGUGUAGUACUAGAUGAUGUGGUUCAAUUGCAAACUGCCAAACUUAGUUUUAAGUGGGCUGGUCCCGUCAAUGUAAAAUGUAAAAAAAAU